AGGAAAGCCAGAGCAAGGCGUGCGUAUGCGCGCGCGUGUAGCCGGGUGCAGAGACACGGCGCGCGCUCAUCGUUCCUUCGCCUUCUGUCUGCAUCUUCACCCUCGUUACCUUCAUCUUCAUCAUCGUCAGCACUGGAUUUUAUUUAUUUUAUUUAUCCGCUUUGUCCUGACUGCAGCACGCACACACACACACACACACACACACACACACACACACACACACACACUUUCUCCGUGACUGUUUCAUGAGCUCUAGAGGACACACACCGCUCCGGAAACGUGUGAGUGAAGCUCCUGGAGAACCCACAACAUCCUGAUCCUCUCAUCUGAGCUCCCGGCGCUCGAGCUUCACAAAGAUGACAUGGCGUCCACAGUACCGCAGCUCAAAGUUCCGUCAUGUGUUUGGUAAAGCUGCCACGAAGGAGAACUGCUAUGAUGGAGUGCCAAUCACCCGCAGUGUCCAUGACAACCAGCUGUGCACCGUCAAUCCCCGAUUCAUCGCCGUCAUCACGGAGUGUGCAGGGGGCGGAGCCUUCCUUGUUCUCGCCAUCGGCCAUACAGGGAAGGUGGACCCCCAUCACCCAAGAAUUUCCGGUCACAGAGGGAAUGUUCUGGACAUCAAGUGGAAUCCGUUUAACGAUUUCUGUAUAGCGUCCUGUUCAGAGGAUGCAACGGUGAAAGUGUGGGACAUUCCUAAACAUGGUGUGAUGAAGAACAUCACGGUUCCAUGGAAGGAGCUUCAGGGUCACUCGCGCCGAGUCGGACUGAUUGAGUGGCAUCCAACCGCUAGUAACAUCCUGUUCAGUACAGGUUAUGACUACCAGGUGAUGGUGUGGAACCUGAACACACCUGAGCAGGUGAUUAAGAACCCGGUGCGUUCCAUCAGUGUUCACACAGACAUGGUUCUUUCAAUGUCGUUUAACACAGACGGCAGUCUCAUCGCUACGUCCUGUAAAGACAAGAAGAUCCGCAUCAUCGACCCACGUGCAGGAACGCUGCUGCAGGAGACCAGCACCAAGACCCACAGAGGCAGUAAAGUGACGUUCCUGGGGAAUCUGAAGAUGCUGCUGUCGACAGGGAACUCACGCUGGAACCAUCGGCAGAUAGCCCUGUGGGAUCAGGAGGAUCUUUCCCAGCCAACGUUUACAGAGGACUUGGACGGCUCGUCGGGUGUGUUGUUCCCUUUUUACGACCCUGACACACACAUGCUUUACGUAGCUGGCAAAGGAGAUGGAAAUAUCCGAUAUUACGAAAUCAGCUCGGAGAAACCCUAUGUGCACUACCUGACUGAAUACCGCUCUUCUCAACCACAGAAAGGAAUGGGUGUGAUGCCGAAGCGAGGGCUGGAUGUUUGCUCCUGUGAGGUUUUCAGAUUUUACAGACUGUUGACCAUAAAAAGUCUGAUUGAGCCACUGUCUAUGAUCGUCCCACGCAGGUCAGAGUCCUAUCAGGAGGAUAUUUACCCGAUGACGGCUGGGAAUGAACCAGCCAUGACGGGGGAGGAGUGGCUGAGGGGCAUGGACAAAGGUCCAGCGUUGGUUUCUCUGAAGCCGGGUAUGGUCAGUAAGGUGGAACUGUGUGGCGAUGAGGAACCAGUGAAGGUUCCCAGUGUGCAGUUAGACACCCGACGCUCUCAGAGUCGACCUGGUCUUCAACAACUCGCCUUCACCGAACGCCAGAGGAACACUGAGAAGGAAAGACAGGAAGUGAAGAAAGACGACAGGAAGGAACAGAACUUCUCUCAGACUAUUGCUAAUGGAAAGGGAGAUAUCAAACUCUGCUCACCACCUAAAACUGAAAAUGAGCUCUUGCAGAUGUAUUAUAAGCAGCAGGAGGAGAUCCGGCGGCUCCAUGAGCUUCUCGGUCAGAGAGACGUUCGAAUAAAACAGCUUGAGCUGGAGAUAAAAAAUGUCAGAAACUCGUGUUGAGGAGACACACACGGACACAGACACACACAGACACACACAGACACACACAGACACACACACGCACACGCACACAAACACACACAGACACACACAGACACACACACACGGACACACACACACACACAGAGAC